ACAAGCCGACUACAUCGGGUGAAACUCAGAGAACUUUUUCUGUACGUUUUGAAGAUAUAGUAGCCCUUGGGAAUACAUUUGACCAGGUCUGUAACUCACUCACUAUCGCAUCCUUAUCGUUGGGUCCAAGCGCGACACCAAAUGCGAACUCAAGUCUUUUUCCAUAUUCCCAUGAAGACUGUGAUGAGCAAGCUGUAACGUCAAGGUCUACGCAGUCGUCAGUGACGCCUAUUAAUACUACGCGGAAAACAACAAAGUCAACGACAUCUGUCAUAGUAUCAGAUUCUGCAUUGCAGUCUCAUACCGUAUCUUCUCAAACAAGGACAUCACCAGCAACGACGCCGACUACGCAGGCAAGGACACCACCAACAACGACGUCAACUACGCAGGCUUCAAUGACGCCAACUACACAGGCAACAACUACGCCAUCAGCAAUAACGCCCACUACGCAGACAGCAUCGACGCCAGCAGCAAUGGCGCCAACUACGCACGCAACGAGACCACCAGCCACGGCGCCAACUACGCACGAAACAACGACACCAGCAGCAAUGGCGCCAACUACGCAGGCAACGAGACCACCAGCCACGACGCCAACUACGCACGAAACAACGACGCCAGCAGCAACGGCGCCAACAGCUACGCAGGCAAUAACGACUCCGACAACUACACUGACGAUGACGCAGUUAACGACGGUACAACCUGAAAUGGCAUCAGUCACAGCAUUACCUUCAGCAACACGGCCUUCUACCGCGUCUCUUGAAUGUGGUAGCUCGUCCGCAGAGGGGGUAUUUGACAGGCAAUGGUCAGGAAAUCAGCAAUGUGGCUCAACAUUCACCUUCAACUUCGGUUCAGUGGAUAUUACAAACAUCACCGUGCACUACUCCUACGCCGACUGGGAGGAGAUCCGAACUAGCAUUGACAACAUCCAGCUCUCGGACAACACCGACAAUGACAACUCGAACAGCAUCAUCAGCUCGGUGAUCAAGAUCGAGCUCAUUGAUGGAAACACGACCAUCAACCUCUCCGAUGGGACCAUUCAAAUAGAAUUCAUGAUCCAAUCUACCGAAGGAUUCCCGCCCACGGAUGGUUCCAGCGAAGUGCACUGUGUUUACCAGGUGAACGACAGUGUUUGGUCAGCAGAAGGACUUCAGGUUGUGUCUGUCGAUUCUGAGAUGGUGGUGUGCAACAGUACUCAUCUCACAAGCUUCGCGGUUCUGCUCUCUCUUCGGCCGCCAGAUGGAGUGCAUGCUCAGGUUCAGAGUUACCUGUCGUACAUACUUGGUGGAAUCUCUAUCGCAUCCUUGACACUUGCUGUGUUCAUAUAUUGUGUGACUGGGACUUGCAAAAUGUUGAAGAUUCAGAUCCACAUGAACCUUGCUAUAUGUACGGCCCUGGGACAGACUCUUUUUCUCGUAUUGGCUGAACAAACAGACAACAAGACCUUUUGCAAGGGUGUGACGGCGACAUUGCACUAUGUAUUCACAUCAGCUCUUGCAUGGACGGUAAUUGAGGGGGUGUUCCUUUACCGGACAACUGCAGUAGGGUUCAAGCCACUGAAGAUUGGAUGGCUAUGUAUCCUUGCUUACGGGGGCUCUUUUGUGGUAGUUGGAGUGUCUUUUGGUGUUCUCUUCGAAACAUAUGGAAUGGGUAAAUUCUGUUGGCUGCGCGUCGAGGACAACAGUAUCUUCGUCUUUGCGGGGUGUGUCUUCGGGACAGAGUUGGUAAGAUGAAGUAUAUUUUUUU